AUGCCUACAAGUGCGGUGUAUCAGCCUACCACAGUGACCUAUGAACAGCAGCCAACAGAUCAGCGUUGGAACUGUCCCAUCAGCUACUUCUCUCGGCGUAUGGCUUCUAGUUGGAACCGAGCAGUAUGCUUACGAGUGGGAUUGUGUUUGACAGGCAGCAUCUUAUUUAUUAUAGGAACGGUGCUGAUUAUCGUGGGUGGUGUGAAAUUCUCGAACGCGGCUGAACCGGACCCUCACAGCUUCGAAAAUGGCGUCGGCGAACUGGUCGCAGGCAGUGUCUUAAUAUGCUUAGGAAUGGUAUCUGGAUUGUUAGGCAUUUCAACGUACUCAUCGAGGUGGGGCAAUGGCAAAGAAGCGCCGGCGAGUGGAGCUGCAGCCCUCACAGCGCUAAACCCUUCGACCGAUCCUCUUGUGGCUGCACAGUACGCGCCCGUGCGCGACGCCCCGCCCGCGCCUGAUGAUGAAAUGCGCAAUCUCAUGGACAACAAAGACUGCUUGAGCAGUGCAGAGGAAAGCGACAAAAUGUUGGAUGGCAGGCCGUCUGUUGCGUAA